CAGCACCCAAACACCAAGAGUCCAACUGGCCCCUCAUCUGUCAUCCAGGUCUGGAGGGUCAUCCGGGCACUCCGGGGGUCUCUCUGCCGUUGCCCAGGGGUCUCAGCCUGUUUGUUCAUGUGGUAACCGAAAAAGAUGAGGCUGAGAACCCGGAAGGCUUCUCAGCAGUCGAAUCCAAUUCAGACCCAGCGAGCAGUCAGGGCCAGAAGGGGCAAAAGGAAACACUCAGAGGUGGAAGAACACCUACCCGUGGACGGAGAAAAAACCCAGAAGAAGGAACCUGGCUUGUUACCGGCCAUCAAGAAGUUCAUUAAAGGAAGCACACCCAAGGAAGAGCGAGAAAAUCCCGCGAAGCGGAGCCGACUCGAACGCGAUAUAGAUAACAACUUGAUCACCUCAACCCCCCGGCCCGGAGAAAAACCCAACAAACAGAUAUCUCGAGUAAGACGGAAAGGUCAAGUAAACGGAGAAGCCGGUAGUUAUGAAAUGACAAACCAACACGUAAAGCAAAAUGGAAAAUUAGAAGAUAAUCCCACUCCUGGCAGUCCUCCGAGGACGACGUUACUGGGGACCAUAUUUUCUCCCGUCUUCAACUUCUUCUCACCAGCAAAUAAAAAUGGCACAUCGGGAUCGGAUUCGCCCGGGCAGGCUGUGGAAGCCGAAGAAAUAGUAAAGCAGCUUGAUAUGGACCAGGUGGAUGAGAUCACCACCAGUACGACCGCCUCAACCAACGGAGCCGCUUACUCCAGCCCUGCGCUUCAAGUCAGGCCCACCAUCAACAACGGUUUGGACGAAGUGGAGGAUGCUGCUGACCGAGAUGUCCCACCCCUCACAGGGCCGGUAUCUCCAGACAGUGGUUAUUCAUCAGCACACGCAGAAGCCACCUAUGAAGAAGACUGGGAAGUUUUUGAUCCCUACUACUUCAUCAAGCACGUCCCCCCGCUGACAGAAGAGCAGCUGAACAGGAAGCCCGCCCUACCCCUGAAGACACGGAGCACGCCGGAGUUCUCACUAGUCUUGGAUCUGGAUGAGACACUAGUGCACUGUAGCCUAAACGAGCUCGAAGAUGCUGCCCUCACCUUCCCGGUCCUCUUCCAAGAUGUCAUUUACCAGGUUUAUGUGCGAUUACGGCCGUUCUUCCGAGAAUUCCUGGAACGCAUGUCUCAGAUUUAUGAGAUCAUUCUUUUUACUGCUUCUAAGAAGGUGUAUGCAGACAAGUUACUGAACAUACUAGACCCUAAAAAGCAGCUGGUCAGGCACCGACUUUUCCGGGAGCACUGCGUCUGCGUACAAGGAAACUACAUAAAAGAUUUAAAUAUCCUCGGAAGAGAUCUUUCAAAAACGAUCAUAAUCGACAAUUCACCACAAGCCUUCGCGUAUCAGCUUUCCAACGGAAUCCCUAUCGAGAGCUGGUUCAUGGAUAAGAACGAUAACGAGCUACUGAAGUUGAUUCCCUUUCUGGAGAAGCUCGUAGAGCUGAACGAGGACGUCCGGCCUCACAUCAGAGACAGAUUCCGCUUGCAUGAUCUGUUGCCCCCAGACUAAAACCCGGGCCUCUUGUCGCAUCACUGAAGGGGGAGAAAAUGCGGGACCCUCUGGGACUGAAACAAAAACAUUGCCAUUACUGUUGAAAUUUUGCAUUUUUGUACCCCGCCUUGCUUUUCUUAUCUUUGGGGCCCAACAAUAAUCCAGGGUUCCGGAGAGCAACUUUCUAGAUCUCAGCCCGAACACAGCCGGUAGGUAGGCGAGAACAGAAGAGUCUCUAGAACUAGUGCAACUUUUCUAUAUGUCCGGGACAUCUGCAGGUUUAUCAAGAGUUCUGUUUCUGCCACCAGCAGUCUGACCUGUCCGAACCACAGGAUUUCCUGAAAACAACAACAGAGCUGAAAAUGGACUUGGGUUUUUCUCUCUGUUUGGUGCUCGAAGUGGGUUCGUCGCCACUUUUCUGUUACUUUUAAGAGUCUCAUUUCAACAGGAAUGGCCAGUAAAAGCUGUUGGAUUUUUUUCCUGUUAAGGUUUAUAACCUUUUUACACUUCUGACCCGUAGCAGACUGGGAUUCUCAUCAUGCAUUCCUUCUCGUCGUAGUCCUCUGGAAAGAGCCCCCACUUUAGUUUCCCCUCGCCCGACGGAAUGGCCGUUCUCCUGCUUCGUCUGCCUGCAUACUGUCGAUUGGUUUCAGAGUACUCUCUAGUUUUAGCCCACGUAAGUUUCAUUUAAAGAUACCCGCGUCUAUCGAUUUUUUUUUUUUUUCUUCACCGCCCCCUCACCGGUCUACCGUACUAGAAAUCUCUUCGGAAGCUCGAGCGACCGGGUAGGUAGGACCGUCCGAACGACCGACGCUCAACAGGUUGAGACCAUCGCGACGGCGCGUAUUCCCGACCCGGAAAAAAAAAAGAAAAUCACACACACACACACACGCACGCACGCACGCACGAAACGGCCCCUCGCCACAGCCUGACGAGACGGACCUCCGACUCCGCCGCCCGCGCGCGUCCCGGAGGAGGAUGAGUUUGGUCCCGUUGGGCGUGAUGUCACUUGGUUCCUGCCGCCUUCAGGUUUCCUCUGGGAGGGAAGUAUUCUGCACAGGUGGCUCAGUAUUCCCAAUCGGGCGGCGAGGGGGAUCCCCCCCAUCCCGCCCCGGAUAACAAUCAACCGCCCCUCCGGGGCCCCCCGGGCGGCCCGUAGCGGGUUUUCUAGGCUCUCCGGAAACGGUCUCCGGGCCUUGGUUCUCUAAUGCAGCGGCCAGCAGAGGUGGAUAUUUUUAUAACGGGGCUGCGCGUCCUCUCCCGCCGAGGAGACCUUUUUAUGGGAAGGUAGAAUUUGUACGAGUUUAGUGUGCUUUGCCUCUCGACUGCAUUACCCCACCACUGGCUCAAGACUGUUUCGUGUAAAGGAGGUCACAGGACGGCACUUUUUCUAACAGAGAAGUUCGAUAUUUUGUAUGCUCGUUCGGAAAGUACAGUAUUGGAGAAUUAAAGGUGGACAACCGAUCACUGAGAAGGAUGUCGAUUAAUUUUUUAAUGUAUAUUGCCGGUUGUACAACUUUCUUGUACAGAUGACACCGCAGCUUCAUUUUCCAAUGAGUCCUUAAAAUAAGGAGAACCUUUUUAGGAAGACACUUAAUUUUUGUAUUUUUUUGAUUUUAAAAGGCAUGAGUUAUGUCGAUUUUUUCAGUGUAUUAAUGAAGAUUUUAACUUUUCAUCAGGUUGAGUGUUUUCUUACUCUAUUCUCUGUUGUGUGUGUAGCUAGCUCAUUGUGUCGCUGAACCGUUUAAAGAUUUAGCAUGUAGAGCGGGCCUGCUUUGUGGAAAAUCCUGAUUCAAUUAAAAGUAGUCGUGGCAGAUUUUCUGCAGAAAAGUGAGAGCAUUUGCAAUUCGGAAAACCAGUUUUUUUUGGUUUUUUUUUUUUGUAUUUAAAGAAAGGUAUUUUGCUUGCAGGAAAAAUACUACGGAUUCAUUUUAAUGAGAAUCUUAGAAAUGUAUUUAUCUCUAGGGCAUCUGGACAUCUUUACGCUGUUCGUCUUCUGUCUUUGUUGAAAUAAAAUGUACAUAACGUUG